UGUGUCCCCCCCCGGACGGGGAGCGUUUCAGCGGGGCGGGCAGGGCUGAAAACCGGGGGAGGAGCGCACGCACCUGCGGCUGCCGCCCCCUGGCCGCCCCCGGGGCUGCAGCGCAGGCGCGGCCCCCCCCCGGUGUCCGGCGCUGCUCCCAGGCUCGGUGGCACCGUCCCGGUCCCGGUGCCGGUCCCGGUGCCGUCCCCGUCCCGGUGACAUGGCUGAGAGCCCGGGGCAGCCGUCGGGGAGCGACCUCCCGCGGGCAGGGGGCGGCGAGGAAGGCGCAGCGGCGGCGGGGAAGCCGGAGCUGCCCCCCGAAGGGGCUGCGGAGCCCCCCGCUGGACCCCCGGGUGUCCCCCCCGACGGCGGGGCGGGACAGGAGCCGGCCGAGGCCGCGGAGCCCCCCGACGGCGGCUCCCCCGGGGGACGGGAGGAGAGCCCCGGCGAGGGGCAGCAGCAGCCGUCGGGGGUAGAGGAGCCGGAGCCCGUCGAGGACGGUGCUGCUCUGCCGGGGGGGGAACCGGAGGGCUCGGUGCUGGCCGAGGGGGCAGCGAAGGAGGCGGCCCCGCUGCGAACGGGCCUCGAAGAGGCGGCAGCGGCGGCCCCGUCGGGACCGGCCCCCGAGGAUGCGGUGCUGGAGGCUGAGGCUGCGGGAGCGGAGCCCGAGGAGGCGGCGGGGAGAGACCCGGGAGAGGAGGUGCAGGGGGGAGCCCCCCGCGGGGCAGCCCCCGAAGAGGCGGAGAGGGACGAGGCCCCGCUAGGGCCGGAGCCCGAGGACGCGGAGCGGGUGGAAGCCCCGUCGGGGGCGAGCCCCGAGGCGGCCGCAGAGGAGGCUCCGUCGGGGGCGAGCCCCGGGGAGGCUCCGGCCGGGAUCGAGGCGGCUCCCGAGAGCCCCGGGGAGCCGGAGGGCGCGGGGCCGGACGGCGAGGACGGAGCCGAGCCCCGGCCGGAGGCUGGGAGUGGAGCCGAGGCCCCGGGGGCGGCGGGGGCAGGAGCGGAGAGUGAGGCCCCGGGGGCAGGGGGAGGCGGCGCGGAGGCGGCGGGGCUGAGGCUGAACGGGGUGCGGGGCCGGGCGGAGAACGAGGAGGACGAGACGGGCUCGGCGGCAGCGCUGGAGCAGGAGGAAGAGGAGGAGGAGGAGAAGCAGGAGCACGACAUCUCCCUCUUUGUCAAGGCUGGCAGUGAUGGGGAAAGUAUUGGAAAUUGCCCAUUCUCUCAGCGUCUCUUUAUGAUCCUGUGGCUAAAGGGUGUCAUAUUUAAUGUCACAACUGUGGACUUGAAAAGGAAACCCGCCGACCUGCAGAACCUCGCCCCAGGGACGAAUCCCCCUUUCAUGACGUUUGACGGUGAAGUCAAAACUGAUGUCAAUAAGAUUGAGGAGUUCUUGGAAGAAAAGCUAGCGCCACCCCGGUAUCCCAAACUUGCACCAAAACACCCCGAGUCUAACUCUGCAGGAAAUGAUGUGUUUGCAAAAUUCUCUGCCUUCAUAAAGAACUCAAGAAAAGAUGCUAAUGAAAAUUUGGAAAAAUCUUUGCUUAAGGCCCUGAGGAAGCUGGACAACUAUUUAAAUAGCCCCUUGCCCGAUGAAAUUGAUGCUUACAGCACUGAGGAGAUCACUGUUUCCAGCCGGAAAUUCCUGGAUGGAGAUGAGCUCACCUUAGCGGAUUGCAACCUCCUACCAAAGCUCCACAUAAUUAAGGUUGUUGCAAAGAAAUAUAGAAAUUUUGAUUUUCCACCUGAAAUGACAGGGAUUUCAAGAUACUUGAACAAUGCAUAUGCAAGAGAUGAAUUUACAAACACUUGUCCUGCGGAUCAAGAAAUUGAGUAUGCGUAUUUGGAUGUUGCAAAGAGAAUGAAGUAAACAGAAGAUGUCUCCAUUCUUCAUUGCUACGGAGAUUUAGAUGGGCACCAGCCAAGAUGGGAAAAAAAAAAAGCCAGCAUACGUUCUGCAGUGUAAUUUUAAGUUCUGUUAUUGGCCAAUCCGUCUUUUAUAAUAAUUGUGUAGCAUUAUUUGUUCAUUCUUAAAUUAUAUAUAUAUGUGUGUGUUUCUGUACAGACAUAUGUACACAUGAAUGUGUGUUCUGCAUUCCAAGUUAAAGGCAUUAGUCAUUACUUUGUUGAAGUUAGGGAAACAGACUAGGUCACACAAUUACAGCAAUGUUACAGACUAGUGACUUAUGCUAAAUGACUGAAUUUUAAGAAAAAAAAUAGCCCUGUUUCUGACACAUAUUUAACCUGUCAUUACUGCUGCCUCUGUUCUGUGUUUCACAGCUGUUGCCAAACUUUGCAGUUACUGGGAGGGUUUCUGUUUGCUUCCCCGCAAGCCUCAGAGGGCCGCGCGCCAGCAGCUGGCACGCAGGCAGCACCCUGGUUAAUCCAGGAGAAAGGCCAGCCUGUAGGUGGGACCACACCUGGCUUCCCAGAAGCCCUCUCCUCUGUGCUAGAGACCUGCAGGGCAGGUCAACAAAGAACAACUUGUUCUCAGAUUGCCUGAAUUGUCUUUGGUAUUAAAAAGAAUUAAUUGAAAAAAAUAAAUAAAUCCUGCCUUCUUUCUCAGGGCUGCGUAACCCAUCGUACUUCUCCACUCCUUGUGCUCCCAGACCAAGAGAGGAACACAGACUCACUGGCCUGUGGACUAUCUGAUAAUAAAUACUUGAUAAGGGAGAGAUUUGGUUGUCACAAGACAUACGAGUGAACAUCUUUCAUUUGCUACUGGUGCAGGAUGUCUUCUUGUCAUCCUUACGUGACUCCCUUUCGGUUUUUGAUCAAAGAGGAGGUGAGGCUGUAAGGAAGGAAAUAGUCCUUUUACGCUUCCCUUUCUGGGUUGUGCUCCUGGAUAUUGGAUUUUCUCAGGCAGUCAUGAGGACUUCAUUGCUGGGUGUCUCUCGGGUACAGCAGAGACAUAGCUCCUGCCUGAGGUGGAGGAUGGAUUGGAUGAACCCUUCCAGCCUCACGUGAGUCUGUGUUCAGGGCGGCCAGUGCUGGUGAGAAACACCCUCUGGGCUGGCAUCAGGGAGCGCACUGCUAGAGAUGUGUGGACUGUGAAAACGUACAUCCGCGGCUGCUUCCUGCUGAGCAGGCUCUCAGCAAGAGGGUGCAGUGCUUUAGUCAUAGGUCACCUGGAAGUCUCCUUCUGACGGAUUUUGCCUGUAUGUACAAAAUAGAUGUGAAAAUGGCUAAAAGUAGCCUAUGUAGCACCUGUAUCCACAAAAGACUGGUACAAAAUAGUUGUUCAUCUUUGCCCGUGUCAAACGUACGCUUGUUUUAUAAUAAUGUAUUAUUUAGGAUAAUAAUAGGAGUCAGGUGUAUUGUGUCUGGGUGGCUUCUUCUUUCACACUGCACAGUUCUUAUGCAGUUGUCCUAUCACAAUUAUUUGUAAGCAGUGUUAAAUACACAGUUUUAACUUCUCUAGUUUCUUUAGUUUCCUCUAUAGAGAAAACAGGCACAAUACCUUUCCCCUCCCAAUCUCAAUUGUGAAUUUACAUGCUGGGGUUGGUAGCUGAGCAGUCACUCAUCACAUAUUACUAACUUACUUUGUAUUUUCAAAUACAUACAUAUAUAUAUAAAUAUAUAUAAAAUAUAAAAUCUGUAUAC